GACGCCAUUGGCGCGCGACGGAAGCGGGGACGUGACGCACGGAGGGGCGCGAGCAGACCUGAAGGAUGUCUCUGGCGGAUGAGCUGCUGGCCGACCUGGAGGAGGCGGCGGAGGAGGAGGACAACUUUGUGGAUGAGGAAGAUGAGCCGGCCAUCGAGGAUGUGCAGGAGGAGAUGCAGCUGGACCUUAGCGUUGACUCGGUCAAGAGCAUUGCCAAGCUCUGGGACAGCAAGAUGUUUGCGGAGAUCAUGGUGAAGAUCGAGGAGUAUAUCAGCAAACAGUCGAAAGCCACAGAAGUGAUGGGGCCGGUGGAGGCGGCUCCGGAGUACCGAGUGAUCGUUGACGCCAACAACCUGACGGUGGAGAUCGAAAAUGAACUGAACAUCAUCCACAAAUUCAUCCGGGAUAAAUACUCCAAGCGAUUCCCCGAGCUGGAGUCCCUGGUUCCCAAUGCCCUGGAUUACAUCCGCACGGUCAAGGAGCUGGGCAACAGCCUGGACAAGUGCAAGAACAACGAGAACGUGCAGCAGAUCCUGACUAACGCCACCAUCAUGGUGGUGAGCGUCACUGCCUCCACCACGCAAGGGCAGCAGCUGACGGAGGAGGAGCUGGAACGCAUCGAGGAAGCCUGCGACAUGGCCCUGGAGCUCAACCAAUCAAAGCAUCGCAUCUACGAAUACGUGGAGUCCCGCAUGUCCUUCAUCGCCCCCAACCUGUCCAUCAUCGUCGGCGCCUCCACCGCUGCCAAGAUCAUGGGCAUCGCUGGCGGCCUCACCAACCUCUCCAAGAUGCCGGCCUGUAACAUCAUGCUCCUGGGAGCCCAGCGCAAGACUCUGUCCGGCUUCUCCAGCACCUCGGUGCUGCCCCACACGGGGUACAUCUACCACAGCGACAUCGUGCAGUCGCUGCCCCCGGACCUGCGGAGGAAGGCGGCUCGUCUUGUUGCUGCAAAGUGCACGCUGGCGGCUCGGGUUGACAGCUUCCAUGAGAACCCAGAGGGGAAGGUGGGCUACGACCUCAAGGAGGAGAUUGAACGGAAGUUUGACAAAUGGCAGGAGCCUCCCCCUGUGAAGCAGGUGAAGCCCCUGCCGGCCCCCCUGGAUGGCCAGAGAAAGAAACGAGGAGGCCGCAGGUAUCGGAAGAUGAAGGAGCGACUGGGGCUCACGGAGAUCCGGAAACAGGCCAACAGGAUGAGCUUCGGGGAGAUCGAGGAAGACGCCUACCAAGAGGACUUGGGCUUCAGCCUGGGCCACCUGGGCAAGUCGGGCAGCGGCCGGGUGCGGCAGACACAGGUCAAUGAGGCUACCAAAGCCAGGAUCUCCAAGACCUUACAGCGCACACUCCAGAAGCAGAGCAUGGUGUAUGGCGGGAAAUCAACAAUCCGGGAUCGCUCCUCAGGCACGGCCUCCAGUGUGGCCUUCACUCCGCUCCAGGGUCUGGAGAUCGUUAACCCACAAGCGGCAGAGAAGAAGGUGGCGGAGGCCAACCAGAAAUACUUCUCCAGCAUGGCAGAGUUCCUAAAGGUGAAGAGCGAGAAAAGCGGCAUCAUGUCCAGCACAUGAGCCUCUUCCCCACAGACUCACCCUUGCCCCCUCGCUCAGAGCCCGGCUGCACUGGGAAGCAUCGGGGAAGUUCUGGGGCUUUUGCUCCCUCGAUCAGCAGGACCUGGCCCUUCCAUCUCCCAGCCACAGAGAAGCUGGGCCGAGCCAACCUGCUGUCUCCUGAGCAUCUUUCUGUUCCUGGGGGGACCCCCGCCUGAGCUCCACACAGGCUGGGGAGCUCUGAGUGUGUCCGGGGAGGGGAGUGAAUUGUGUGGGAACCCCUAGUCCUGUUCACUGUAUAAGGGGUGUGAGAGAGAGAGAGACUUGCUACCUGUAUAAACUAGUGGGUGUGUAUAUAUGAGAUGAAUGCAGAAUGGCUGGUGCAUCGAUUUCUCAGUGCUCGUGUUGAAAUCUCCCUUGGCUUGUGCCUGAGAGCAGAGGCGGGGAGUGGGCUAACAAAAGGGGGGUGGAGGGAUGUUUAUUGGGAGCAAACAUGUGGGCUGAAUCUGUCUUUUAAAUUUUGUUUUUGGAAGAAAUAUAACAGGCUGGAAGCGAGU